UCAAGAUUGUAAUUUUGAACUCCGGAGGAAAUUCGUGUAAAAGUCGCCAAAAAGAGGGUCUUAAGAUGUCCAAGGUGACCGUGCAAGACAUAGAGGCGGUGGAUGACUACUGGGGACCCACAUUCCGUUCGAUUCUAGAAGGCAACAACACCAAGCAGAUUGGCGAUCAGCUGGAGCAGCGGAUUCGCAGUCAUGACAAGGAGAUCGAGCGGAUCUGCAACCUGUACUACCAGGGCUUCAUCGACUCCAUCCAGGAGCUGCUGCAGGUGCGCACCCAGGCGCAGCAGCUGCACAACGAGGUGCACUCGCUGGACACCUCGCUGCGCCAGAUUAGCGCCUCCCUGAUUCAGCAGGGCAACGAUUUGGUGCGGGCCCGCCAAAUCGAAUCCAAUCUGGCCAGUGCCAUCGAGGCCCUCAAAUCGUGUCUCCCAGCCCUCGAGUGCUACAUGAAGUUCACGCAGCAGGCCAAGAACAAGCAGUACUACCAGGCGCUGCGGACGCUGGAGACCCUGGAAACGGAGCACCUUAAUCGACUCAAGACGCACAACUACCGCUUCGCCACCCAGAUGCAGAUACAGAUACCCAUCAUCAAGGAGAACAUUCGUCGCUCCUCCGCCUCGGACUUUCGCGAGUUCCUGGAGAACAUCCGCAAGUUUUCGCCGCGCAUCGGGGAGCUGGCCAUCACGCACACCAAACAGCUGCAGAAGCGGGACAUCAACGCCAUCAUAGCCGAGCAUAUGCAGCAGGUGAACGGAGGCGGCGGUGCGGGCGGAGCAGGUGCUGGCGGGGAUGAUGAUGGGGCCAAUGUUAGUGCCCAGGACCUCAUAGACUUCUCGCCCAUCUACCGCUGCCUGCACAUCUACAUGGUGCUGGGGCAGCGCGAGUACUUCGAGAAGGACUACCGCCAGCAGCGCAGGGAUCAGGCCAAACUGGUGCUCCAGCCGCCGCCCAAUAUGCACGAUAAUCUGGAGGCCUACAAGACCUACAUUUGCGCCAUCGUCGGCUUCUUUGUGGUCGAGGAUCAUGUGAAGAAUACGGCGGGCGAUGUGGUGACCAGCAGCUAUCUGGAGGAUCUGUGGUCCAGCUCGCUGACCAAGUUUGUUAACGAGAUCAGCAUGAGCUCUUCGUCCUGCACCGAUCCCAAUAUUCUGCUGCGCAUCAAGAACCUGAUUAUGCUGUCCAUCAAUACUUUUAAGUGUUAUGGUUACACAGUGAGCAUCCUUUGGGAACUGCUGCAUAAUAUGAGGGAUCAUUAUAACGAGGUUUUACUGCAACGUUGGGUGCACGUUUUCCGCGAGAUCCUUGACAAGGAGCAAUUCCUGCCCAUGGUUGUGCAGAGCGUGGAGGAAUAUGAAGGCAUCAUCGAGCGAUUUCCCUUCCACUCGGAACAGCUGGAGAAUGCGCCGUUUCCCAAGAAGUUCCCCUUCUCGCGCAUGGUGCCAGAGGUCUAUCACCAGGCCAAGGAGUUCAUGUACGCCUGCAUGAAGUUCGCCGAGGAGCUGACCCUUUCGCCCAACGAAGUGGCCGCCAUGGUGCGCAAGGCGGCCAACCUUCUGCUAACCAGGAGCUUCAGUGGCUGCCUUUCGGUGGUGUUUCGUCAGCCGAGCAUUACGCUGACGCAGCUCAUUCAGAUCAUCAUCGACACGCAGUACUUGGAGAAGGCGGGCCCGUUCCUGGAUGAAUUCGUCUGCCACAUGACGAACACGGAGAGGAGUGUGUCGCAGACUCCAUCGGCCAUGUUCCAUGUGGCUCGACAGGAUGCCGAGAAACAAGUGGGCCUGCGCAUUUGCUCGAAAAUCGACGAGUUCUUCGAGCUCAGUGCAUACGAUUGGCUGCUGGUUGAACCUCCGGGCAUUGCCUCCGCCUUCAUUACGGACAUGAUUUCGUACCUGAAGAGCACCUUCGACAACUUUGCCUUCAAGCUACCCCACAUCGCACAGGCGGCCUGCCGACGGACCUUUGAGCACAUUGCCGAAAAGAUCUACUCGAUUAUGUACGACGAGGAUGUUAAACAGAUUUCAACCGGUGCGCUAACACAAAUCAACCUCGAUCUAAUGCAGUGCGAAUUCUUUGCGGCUUCGGAACCUGUUCCUGGUCUAAAGGAAGGAGAACUGAGCAAGUACUUCCUGCGCAAUCGACAGCUGCUGGACUUGCUCAUCCUCGAGGAGUGGAGCACGUAUUUCCAUGACUAUGGAAAGCAGGAGAACCGCUACCAUCUGGUGCAGCCGCAGUCGAUUAUUGUGAUACUGGAGAAGAUCCGCGAGGCGGAUAAGAAGCCCAUUUUCUCGCUGGUGCGAAAGAACGACAAGAAGAAGUUGUUGGAAACGGUGCUCAAGCAGCUGAAGCACAUUGCUGAUCGACAGAACUAGGACUAGAAGGCUGUUA